AGCCAGGACCGACUGCCAAGAGGACCUGUGGCCGCCGUCUCCUUCCUCUCUCCCUUGUUCGCCCACUGUUUCCCCUCCUGACACACAAUGGACCCCAACGCCAUCAAGGAGGAGCUGCGCCUCUUCCAGAGCACCCUGCUCCAGGACGGCCUCAAGGAGCUGCUCAACGAGAACAAGUUUGUGGACUGCACCCUGAAGGUGGGCGACCGAAGCUUCCCCUGCCAUCGGCUGAUCAUGGCCGCCUGCAGCCCGUACUUCAGGGAGAUCUUCUUCACCGAGGAUGGGAAGGAGGUGGAGAACACCAAGGAGGUGGUCCUGGACGAUGUUAACCCUUCCAUCCUGGACAUGAUCAUCCAGUACCUCUACUCGGCGGAGAUCGACCUCACCGAUGACAACGUUCAGGAUAUAAUAUCUGUGGCCAACAGGUUCCAGAUUCCUUCCGUCUUCACCGUGUGUGUCAACUACCUCCAGAAGAAGCUGUCUCUGGGUAACUGCAUGGCCAUUUUCAGGAUGGGCCUGGUUCUCAGCUGUCCCCGGCUCGCCGUGGCUGCACGCAACUUCAUCGCCGACCGCUUCGAGCUGCUGUACAAGGAAGAGGAGUUCCUCAAGCUGGCGGCCCACGAGCUCUUCGCUGUCAUCGGCGGAGACUCGCUGAACGUGGAGAAGGAGGAGCUGGUGUUCGAGGCGGUCAUGGCCUGGGUCCGCCACGACAAGGAGCGCACCAAGGUCCUGAAGGAUGCGUUCAACUGCAUCCGCUUCCGCCUGCUGCCCGAGAAGUACUUCAAAGACAGAGUGGAGACCGACGACAUCAUCAAGGCCGACCCGGAGCUUCAGAAGACGAUCCAGGUCAUCAGGGAUGCCUUCAAGGGGAAGCUUCCGGAGAAAUCCAAGAAGGAGGAGGGGGAGGAGGGGGCCGACAAGGAAGGAGGCGAGGAUGAGGAGAGCCCAUUCCCCGGCUUCCUCAACGACAACCGCAGACACGGCAUGUUCGCACGCGACUUCAUCGUGAUGAUCAACGACACGGCGGCGGUGGCGUACGACGUCACCGAGAACGAGUGCUUCCUGGCCGCCAUGUCGGAGCAGGUGCCGCGCAACCACGUCAGCCUGGCGUCGCAGAAGAACCAGCUGUACAUCAUGGGAGGACUGUUUGUGGACGAAGAAAACAAGGACGUGCCUCUGCAGUGUUACUUCUAUUUGCUGGAUCCACUCACAUCCGACUGGGUCGCCCUGCCGCCCAUGCCCUCUCCAAGAUGCCUCUUCAACAUCGGGGAGAGCGGGAGUCUGCUGUUCGCCGUGGCCGGAAAAGACCUGCAGACCAACGAGUCUCUGGACACCGUCAUGUGCUACGACGUCGAGAAGAUGAAGUGGAACGAGACCAAAAAGCUCCCUCUGAAGAUCCACGGCCACGCUGUCGUCUCCCACAAAGGCCUGGUCUACUGCAUCGGAGGGAAGACGGACGACAACAAAGCCCUCAACAAGAUGUUUGCGUACAACCACAAGCAGUCGGAGUGGCGGGAGCAGGCGGCCAUGAAGACGCCCAGAGCCAUGUUCGGUGCCGCCAUUCACAACGGCAAGCUGGUGGUGGCCGGUGGAGUGAACGAGGACGGCCUCACCGCCACGUGUGAAGCCUACGACUUCGCAACAAACAAGUGGGAGCCCUUCACAGAGUUCCCUCAGGAGAGGAGCUCCGUCAACCUGGUGAGCAACGGCGGCUCCCUGUACGCUGUGGGUGGCUUCGCCAUGGUUCAGAUGGAGAACAAGGAGGUGGCUCCCACAGAGGUCACUGACGUCUGGCAGUACGAGGACGAUAAGAAGCAGUGGAGCGGCAUGCUGAGGGAGAUGCGCUACGCUGCCGGCUCCUCUUGUGUGUCGAUGCGCCUCAACGCUAACAGGAUGCCCAAACUGUAGACAGAACCGCUCUCUUUCUCUCUAUCUUAACCCCCCCAUCAAUCAACACCUCCUGACACCCCCUCCUCGCCCGGCGAGCUGCCCCCGAGGCGCCUCAUCCUCGGCGCUCGGAUUUCUGCGCGUCGGGUUGAUCUUUGACAUUAAUUUUUCUCUGAACUUAGAUGAUUUUUAUCUGUACAAUAAACACUUUGCUUCUGCUGCCGCUUCAAAGACUGCACCAUCCCCACAGUAUAAAAAAAUAGAAGUCACAAUUUAGAUUGAUCUCCAAAGUUCUGUUUACAUCCUUUCUAGCUCUUCUUUUGUAAAAUAAACAUUUGUAAACUUC